GCGCAUCCUUAUAGAGACGCUCUCCUCCAAACCCGCACACGCCCGUCUGCCGCGCGCCUGGCUCUGCUGCCUCCCACUCUGCGUGUCUGAUGAGUUCUCCCGGGAUUCUUCACAACAUCCACCACAAAAGAAAAAAGAAAAACAUUUAUUAUACUUUUCUUUUCAGUCCAGUUUUUUUUUAUUCUCCUGGUACUUUUUACAAACAACUCGGGACAAUUUACACCGGAAAUAAAGGAAAAACCGAAUUAAGAUGUCUAAUGGCUAAGUGAUGCCACUGAGCGUCUCUUCUGCCAGGAGAACUGUGAAGGUGGCUGUACCCAGGGUAACCCAAGCCACGAUGAGUACCCUCGCAACAGGUGUACGCUAUCUGGGCUCCAACGAUGCCAGCUACGACGACCCCUCGGCCGACUCCGGCCUGGUCAAGAACGGCCUCCGCUUUGGGAAACAUCCCUCCCUCAGCAGCUCCUUUCCAGAAAUUUUCCCCGAAAGCAAAGAGGUCUUUUAUGCCGCAGUCUCUCCCAUCUUUCCCAUGAACGUGUCCGAUGUCGGAAACGUCACGUCCGUGGAGAUUGGGGGAGCUCAUCAGUGUUCGGAGAACUUUGCAGACAAUCUGGAGUGUUUCAUGAUCCUCACGCCCGGCCAGCAGCUGGCGAUCGCCAUCUUGGCGCUCACCCUUGGAACGUUCACCGUGCUGGAAAACCUGGUGGUGCUCUGUGUGAUCCUGCACUCGCAAACGCUUCGAUCUCGCCCGUCCUACCACUUCAUAGGCAGCCUGGCUGUGGCUGAUCUGAUCGGAAGCAUCAUUUUCGUCUACAGCUUCUUGGACUUUCACGUCCUCCACAGAAAGGACAGCCCAAACAUCUUCCUCUUCAAGCUGGCGGGGGUCAUCGCCUCCUUCACCGCCUCUGUGGGGAGUUUGUUUCUCACUGCAAUUGACCGUUACAUCUCCAUCCACAGGCCUAUGGCGUACAAACGCAUCGUCACAAAGACCAAAGCGGUCACUGCCUUCAGCAUGAUGUGGACCAUCUCCAUCGUCAUCUCCCUUCUGCCACUGCUGGGCUGGAACUGCAAGAACCUUGGAACGGUCUGCUCCGACAUUUUCCCUCUGAUUGACCAGAAAUACUUGAUGUUCUGGAUCGGAGUGACCAGCAUCCUGGUGCUGUUUAUCAUUUACGCCUACAUGUUCAUCUUGUGGAAAUCCCACCACCACGCGGUGCGCAUGCUAAGCCGCAGCUCCCAGAGGAGCGUGAUCGUCCAGACCCCGGAGGGGAGCAAAGUGCAAAUGGUGAGGCCGGACCAGGCCCGGAUGGACCUGCGUCUGGCAAAGACUCUGGUCCUGAUUCUGGUCGCCCUCAUCAUUUGUUGGGGCCCGCUCCUCGUCAUCAUGGUUUACGACCUUUUCGGGAAGGUGAACGACUCCAUCAAGACGGUGUUCGCCUUUUGCAGCAUGCUGUGCCUGCUCAACUCCACGGUCAACCCCAUCAUCUACGCCAUGAGGAGCAAGGACCUGCGCAGGGCUCUCCUCAACAUCUGCCAUUUGUGGCGGGGAACGUCGUCGUCCCUGGACAGCAGCGCAGAGAGCGACUGGAACACCAGGAGCUUGAGAGCCUCCGCCGUCAGGGUGGGGAAAGCUGGAAGAGGCGGCAGAGAGACAAACAUUAAAGUAGAACGGGCCACGGUUUCUGGAGCGACUGAGACUUCUGCCGCAGAGCCAGUCUAGAAGACGCUCUGACACGACAGUUGGAUGAAGGUGUCAAGUAGCUUCCAUCCUGUUAGCACACGGCUUUGUGACAAGAAAUGUGCCAAAACUACAGAACAAAAAAAGACUUUUUUAGCAGGAAUUGCAAAACUAUACUAUGGAAAGAUGGAGUUUCAUGCUGUUAUUUUUUCUUUUACCUGAACGUUAAAAAGUUAAAAGAAAAUCUGCUUUUUUCUUAACUUACUUUAAACAAAGUAAAGUGUAACUCUUGGUUGAAUUAUGACAAACACUUCAAAUAAUUGAAAUGCUUUCUGCAAUGUCAUUUUCUCUGUAUUCAAUUUAACGUUUUAAGGUGUUUUCUAAAGUUAUGCUAGUUUUUAUUUUAUCUUAAAUUUAGUUAUUAGGUUAAUUUAUUUACUUUUUCAGUAACACAAGAAACAUUUCAUGCUUUAUAGCAAGCCACUACUAGAUAUAGUUGAUUUCAAUGUAUUUUUUUUUAAGGAAAAUAUAGUUACUGUUUUUAAUUCAAUAUACUUAAAUAUUUAUGGUUAAACUACAACUUAAAGCAAUUUGAUCAAUCCUAUGUGCAUUUUAUUGUGAAGAAUCAGGUCUGCCUGAUAAAUCUGUAACAACAGUAUUUCAUAUUGUAUUUUGUGCUACUAGAAUACUUAUAUUGUCCUAUUUAAUUCAUUGUAUUAACAUGUCUGAAAUUUUUUUUAACAAUAAAACAACAAAACUAGCUAGUUAGCUUGUGGUAUAUGUGUAUAAAAAUAAAACGGAUUCAGUUUAUCCCAUAAAAGAAUAAAACAACACAUUAUUUUGACUGCAAAUAUGUUUUUUUAACAAAAUUUUAAACAAAUCAACACAAAAGCCAGUAAUAAGCUCAAUAUUGGGAGCAGUGGAGAUUCUAGUCGCCCUAGAAGAUGUCCGGAUCCUCAUUUUUCACGGAAAACUGUUUCUGACCUACAAACAGAACUGAGGUGAGGAGGUAUUUUGUCAUUUUUGGAAGUCACUUAUUCGCCUAAAGAAGUGUUAUUUUUGUAUCAAAGGCCUACAGGUUAUUAUUUUGCUCACACUCAAACAUGGAUCAAAACAAUUUAUGAUUAUAGUUCUUUUUUUUUAAUGCUCUUUCAAGCUUUGCUAAUGUAAAAAAUAGCUUAGUAACUCCAGGGCUGAUUGUCACAUCGAGAAACACAUUUUAAAAUGGGAUCUACACAUAAGUGGUUCUAUUUUACGUAAGAAAAAAACAUUGAAUAAAUCUUUGGAUGCAAAAAAAAUAGCAUUCAGAUGGAAAAAAGGUGAUUCUUUUGUCAUUAAAAGUAAAUUAUACUUGAGCAAGGCAGCCAUAGAAACCUUUCCCGGUCUGAACAUUGAGAUCUAGUUUUAGGUCUGCAUUGAUGGACCUGGUUGUAUUGAUUUGUAAUUAC